CUCUCCACGUCGUCCAGUCUUCAGGGUGCGUUGCUCCCUCGAGCUCUCUUUCUCGCCGCUCGGCGUCGUUACGCCUUUCCUGCUUUCCGCGGCUCCUCUACGUCCCGAGAGACGCGCGAACGACUGACCGACCCGUGGGAUCGUUCUUCUCGCGACGCACGAAACCCCGUCACGAUGAGCACCAACAUCCUCGUCAGGAUCUGCGGGCCCAGGCUCCUGCGUGCCGCCUUGGCCGAGCAGAACUCGUGGAUCACCGUCGGCAGGUGUCUCAGCACCACCACAAUGUCGCGCACCAUGUUGAAGGAUUCGCCGAACGCGGCGUUAAACAAAACCCUGCUGAAGAAGUACCUCGACCUGCCGCAACCCGACAAUGCGAUCCAGGCGAAGUACAUCUGGAUCGACGGUACCGGCGAAGGACUACGCUGCAAGACCAGGACUUUGGACUUCGUGCCGAAACAUCCUUCCGACCUGCCGACGUGGACGUACGACGGCAGCUCGACGUACCAGGCCGACGGCGCCAACAGCGACAUAUUCCUGUACCCGGUGGCGAUCUACAACGACCCGUUCCGCUGUGGUAACAACAAGCUCGUGCUCUGCGACACCUACAGCAGCGACAAGACUCCGACGAAGACGAACAAACGUUAUCGCGCGAACCAAGCGAUGGAGACCGUAAAAGAUCAGGACCCCUGGUUCGGCAUCGAGCAGGAGUACACUUUGCUGGACUUCGACGGCAGGCCGCUCGGCUGGCCGAAGAACGGUUUCCCGGGGCCUCAGGGCCCCUACUACUGCGGCGUCGGUGCCGACAAGGUGAUCGGACGCGAGAUCGUCGAGGCUCACUACAGAGCCUGUCUCUACGCCGGCGUGAAGAUCUCCGGCACCAACGCCGAGGUGAUGCCCUCGCAGUGGGAGUUCCAGGUGGGACCGUGCUUGGGCAUCAGCGCCAGCGACGACCUGUGGAUCGCUCGAUUCAUCCUGCACCGCGUCGCCGAGGAGUACGGCGUGAUCGUGACCUUGGACCCGAAACCGGUGGAUGGCUCGUGGAACGGCGCCGGCGCCCACACGAACUUCUCGACGAAGGCGAUGCGCGCGGAAAACGGCAUCGCCGAGAUCGAGAAGGCGAUCGACAAGCUCAGCAAGCAGCACCUCAGGCACAUCCAGGCGUACGACCCGCGCGGAGGGAAGGACAACGAGCGCAGGCUGACCGGCAAGUGCGAGACCAGCAACAUCCAUGACUUCAGCGCCGGCGUGGCCAAUCGCAACGUCAGCAUCCGCAUACCGCGCGGCGUGGCCGAGGACAAGAAGGGCUAUCUGGAGGACAGGAGGCCCAGCAGCAACUGCGAUCCUUACUCCGUCUGCGACGCCUUGGUCCGCACCUGCAUGCUCAACGAAUAAUAAAGCCGCGGCCGCAUCGCUAGGGGCAAACACACACCCAUACAUACAGAAACAUAUAUAUACACACAGAAAUCGACACGCACACCCGCACACACCUGGAGAGCGUACAAUUAACUGUAGAACUGUAGGAUUAACCUAUCGCGAUAUAUUCGGGACCGGUGGUGAAUGACAAGCAGCGGUGGAUCUGCUUGAGGAAGCUGGCGAGCUUUCGCGCUACCGAUUCCAGCAGCUUCUCCGGACGAGUCACUCGGCUUCGAGUGACGGAGAUUCGCCGAGGCCAGGAGGCGGCGCCCGACGUGUGCUGCCGAGAGUUACACUGAGGAUGAAGAGUGGUCGGCAAAAUUAUCGCGUCCUCUGAACGAGUUUAAGCAAUUCCGGCGGAAGUGUAGCAAAUCGGCGCGAUUUGCGUGACAAAAGCAAAAAUUUACAGUUACCGGCUGAGUCGGGAUAAUCGUAUCCGUCGAUAGCUGGCACGCAGCAAUCGUAUCAUCAGUUUGGUCCGAUCGAAUUAAACGCUUCCUCGUGAAAACUCGGCCGCCCAAGUAAGGUCUCUGAUCCCACUGCUUUCUUCUCAGUGUAAUGUGCAUCUAUCGCUAAGCCAGCCUCGUCGUAAAUACAAGCGCGAGCGUGAAAAAUGUGACGAGCGGCUGUUUGACGAUCGAUUAAAUUUCAGUCGCAGCUUCUCCUCGUGAGAAUCGCGAGUCCGCAAGCAGACCCAUUCGAUGGCGCGCUUAACGCUAAGUUCGACUCGUUAAAACUUCAUUUCGCCUGAUGACGCGAAGAUCGCAGGGAUCUUCGUCGAUCGCGGAGGCCCCCCUUUUAGUAUCGCGUUUAACAAUUUGGUCGCCCGAAGCUUGGUCCGCUGAAUGAGGUAACAAUUCCCGAUUCCCCGAGUUUUAUUCUUUUGACGUGAAUACCGCGUUCGAUAUAAAUACCUGUGGGCGAACGAUUACGUCUGUAUGGCGGUAAGUACGGGUGGCAAGACGCGGGGGAUAAUUCGAGAAUAGAAUGGGAUUUUGAAAAGAAGAAUAAUAGAAUCUUGCAAUUCUAUUGUACGGUUGCAAAUAUUUAGUACAAUUGAAAGUAAUUACAGUUAUAAUUAUUAAAGAAUAUACAUGCAUAUAUGCGUAUACAUGUGUAUAUAUAUGUACGUAUGUAUGCAUACGUUAGGGUUUCCCGGUCAUCACGACCGUAAUUUUACUGAGAGGUUGCGCGAGCAAUCGGGAGUUAAUUCUUCCUCAGCGAGGUAAUUAUUUCGUAGUCGGAGGUUAUUAUUUAUUAACUUUCCGUUCUUCAACACGGUGUAUCUUUGUAGCCAACGAACUCAAAUUCUCAGUCACAUUAAAGUUCGCUUGAAGUUAGUCGGAGAAAAUAAUUUCCUCGUCCAUUUGAUCGCCCGAAGCUUGGCUCGCAAAAGAAAAAGCGGAGCUUUUUCAAUCGUUUGUAUCUCGGAAACUGUUGAUGCCUCGACAUUCCCGUUCGGGCAAAAUUAACUUUUUAAAUCGCCCGAAGAAUCUCUCGCGAAAAUGAAUAUUACGAGAACCGUGACACCCUCUGUAUAUAUAUUUACAUAUGUAUGUCAGUUUAAAUUAUUGUAUAAUUGGAAAGAUGUGGUUACGAAGGCGCCCAGAAGUUCAGCUAAUGAACGCACGUUUUUACCAGGCGGGUGACGAACUACGAUAGUGAUAUUAUGACGGUAGGUUGAUAGUUCGAUGAGAGAGAGAGAGAGAGAGGACGCCGACACACUUUUACUCG